AUGAGUGAAAGUAGAUACGAAAACUUUAAGAAAUAUUUCUUCGAUCCAAGCCCAACAAGCUGGAUCUGUGAAAUAGAUAAUGACUAUUUAUUGUCACAAGUCUCUUACUACGGCUUAAGUCAGUAUAUUACAUAUUAUUCCCAUUGCUGUGCUGCCUUGCGUGGUAAAAAGAUCGAUAUCAGCGAAUGUGAUGAUGCUAAAAAAGAACGAUUUAUUAAGAAUUGCAUUAAAUUAUACGGUUUACUGCACGGAAGAUUUAUUUUAACAGAAGAAGGCUGUUAUCAAAUGGAAAAGAAAUACAUGGCAGGACUUUUCGGAACAUGCCCAAGAUACAGCUGCAAACGCCAAAAUCUUCUUCCAAUCGGACUCACAACGAUUCCAGAAACUGAUACCGUUAAGUUAUAUUGCCCAAGGUGCCAUGAUAUAUACGAAUCUACAUCCAACUAUGAUGCUGCAUAUUUUGGGCCCGAUUUCCCAAUCAUGUUCUUGAAAAUGAACAAGAUGCCGUUACAUAAUAAUUUCAUACCAUUCAAUGUUAAUGCUUAUGCUAACAAUAAAUUAGGUGCGCCAGAUGUUGAACGCCGCCUUGUAAGAUGGUCAGAGAAAGCAAAAGAAAAAGAUGAUGAACAGAAAUAA